AUUUUUUUUUGUUUCCAACAUUUCGGCGAUGUUGAUCUGAGGGCCAUCCCGUCUCACGGUUAAUGAACGAGAGGAAAGAAGUCCCAUUUCGAAUUUUCCCCUUUGAAAUUGAUUGAUAGAUUAUCCGGUUCCUCCUCAGACCAUCAUCGUAUCGUAUCUUCUGUUUCAAUGACGUUCUCUCAGAAAUCAUCGCCACAGCUUUAAAACAUGUCACAACCCGUUCAGCCAAAACACGGCUACGGCUCUGCGGAACCAGAAAUAUCCCACCAGUACUGGGACCGGGAUGCGGGCCCGGAUGACGGCGACGGCGAUGCCUUGUCCCACACGUCGCUCGAUUCCGACGAGCUGCACGAGACCCGCCCGAACCGCUGGCGGGGGCACCCGUCGACCUGGAAGACCUGGACGGAAAGUGACCGGCGCACGUGGGCCGCGCUGGAGAAUGCGCGGCGGGGGGACUUGAGUGCGCACCUCUUCAACGCGUUUGCGUUGCGGAGGGGGUUCAGAGUCGGGCCGGAGUUCGAGGUGCCAGAGGACGGAGAUGCGGCUGGUGACCGGGGCGCCGGGUGGGACAUUGGAAAAUACUGGACGGCAUGGCCGAUGAAGGCGAACGAGGUGCCUGACGGCGGGCUGCUGCCGAGGACGGCGGACUUGAACGAGCCAUUCACGUACAGGCGGGAACAGAGACGGCCGUUUGCGGGGUGCAACCUGGAAGACGAGAUCUCGGCGACGAUUCUGCGCCAUGCCAAGGAGAGGUUCCGAGCGAGGGGGUUGCAGGCCCAACCAGCCAGCGCCGAGCAUGUGGUGCAGUCCAUCGAGAAGACCGAUACUACCGCUACAGAGGGAGAGACGGACGCAUCCGGGGUGGGGGAUACGACAGGAAACGACGAGCGGACGGACAAGGCGGCGCGUAGGACGGCCCGGCGAGCACGGAGGGCAGCGUCACCUACCUUUACCCCCGUCAUCUCGGCCGACGACGAGCGGUCCUACAGGCUGCUUCGCCCAGUGACGAGGCAGAUCAUGUCGAAGCUCGAUGAUACCCUGAUGAUCCUACAUAACCAGCGCAUGGCGGGCCUCGGCAACACAUCCGACUCCUCCGUCUGCGGCGGGGACGUGGACAAUGAUAAGGACGAGACGGACGCCGAGGCCGUGCCGGAGAGGCGGCCGCGGGCGCGCUCAAAGUCGCCCUCAGCGCCCGCGCCCAGGUCCCGCGGAGGGCGGCCUAGGAAAGUGCACGUCCCGCUGGAAGGGGAGACGGAGCAGGAGAUGUUGAUCAGGGUGGCAAGGCAAAGCAAGAGGAAGCUCCCCACCUUCUCUUCGGGGCCGGAGUCGGAAGGAGAAGGGAUUCGCAGACGGAGCCGCAGCAGGAGCCUCGGCAGCGCCCGGCGCUCCACAUCGGCGAGCUCAAGGGCCAGCUCUCGCCGCUCCAGCGUCUCGUCGGAGGCAAACCGGGAGAAACUGCUCUCCAGAUGGGGCCUGCGCGACUGGCGAGACGUGCUGGGCGCUGCCGCCCUUGCCGGUUUCUCGCCGACCGUCAUCGCCCGCGCCGCCCAGCGGUGCUCGACGCUGUUCAGGGAGGAAAUGGCGAUGCACACGCUGCAUGAACGGUCUGCUGCAUCGGAAAAUGCCGGGAUGGAGACGGCGGUAUACGUGCCCGGGCUUGCCCUCGUCUCUUCUGGGGACGAGGACGAGUCCGAGGAAGAGCUGGCCCAGCUUCGGACGGUCAGCCGCCAGUCGAGCGUCAGGGGCCCGUCGUCGUCGCCCGAGCCAGCCCAGCCCCGCAGCAGGUCGGGCACGCCGGCGUCCUUGGUGUGUCCGCACCCGCAGUGCCCCAGAGCCGUGGAGCCGUUUCCCAAGAAGUCCAACCUGCAACGGCACCUCAAGACGGUACACGGUAAUCGGGAGCCCGACCUCACCACCGAGCCUGAGCAAACCGAGGCAGAGGCGCCGCCGCCGCCGCCGAGACAUUGCCGCAGACGGUCGGGCACGCCCGGGGCCUCCCACCUCUGCCCUUACCCCCACUGCCCCCGAGCGGUCGAAGGGUUCACCAAGCGGAAGAAUCUCACGCGGCACCUGCAGGCGGUGCACGGAAAGCGGGGGGUCCCGCUCACGGAGGACGAGGAGGACAGCGCGGACGAGAUGGACGGCGGCGUCCACGUGGACAGGUUCCUCCGGCCGAUCAAGAUAAGGAAGGGGUGGCGGGGAGACGACAUACAGCAGCGGUCAUCCAGGGUAGGGAAGAAGGCUAGGGCAGGGUCAGAGGAGCUGGACUCGUUUCUGUAAAGGUAACUAGCCAAGGUAGCCAGCUUAGGUGCCGUGUGCUACGCGUCAGGAGCUGCAAUCAUUUUCCUUAUCUUCG